UGUCUGCUUUGAAGAUUGCAGCUCAGUAAAUGUAAAUGCAACGACGACAGAAAUCCAUAUUGACACAUUACCAGAAAACUUUACAAUAAGCAAUGUAACUUUUGCAAAUGGAACACUGUUCCAGAAUUCAUCACUGAACAAUUUAAUAGGAGGUCUUUCACCUGGUAUACAAUACAUUAUCAACUUUCAAAAUGGUACAGAAGCAUGUUGCAAAAACAUUACAACAAUGCCCACUCCAGUGUUUAACAUCGAGGUUUCCAAUGUCAGUACACAUGAAGUAUCUUUAACAUGGGAAAACAAAGAUGCUGCUGCUUCUGAGUACAGUGACAGGAUACUCAUUGCAAAUGAACCUUCAUCUACUAGGAACAUGAUAUCCAAUACCAGAAAAGCUUUAAUUACAGACUUAAAUCCUGGUACAUUUUACCAAUUCACAAUAUUUCCACGCGCAGCAGAUAAGAAGACUGAAGGAGACCCAAAUUCGACGUUGAUUUAUACAAAGCCCAGUCCAGUUUCUGAUAUCCAGGCCACAUAUAUCAGCACAGAACAAGUGACCUUAACAUGGGAAAACAAUGACACUGCUGCUCCUAAUUACACAUAUAUGAUAUACACUGAUGGGAAUGGAAUUUCUCCUACUCGGAACCAAACCUCCCAAAACAAAAAUGCUGUAAUUUUGGGAUUACGGCCUGGUACCCUUUAUGACUUCACAAUAGUUCCACUAGCAGCGGAUAACAUGGCUGAAGGAGACCCAAAAGUCAUACACAUCUAUACAAAACCCAGUGCAGUUUCCAACCUCAAAGUUAUAAAUGUCGGCACGACAGAAGUAACAUUGACCUGGCAAAACAGUGAUGCUGAGGCUUCUAACUACACUUACAAGAUACUCUAUGGAGAUUAUGGAACUUCAGUUCAACAAAACAUCACUUCCCAAACCACGAAUGCCACCAUUACAGGAUUGCAACCUGGUACCUCCUAUCUAUUUACGGUCUUUGCACAAGCUGGAGGGACUGAAGGAAACUCCACCGUCGUAGAGACCUAUACAAAACCCAGUGCAGUUUCCAACCUCAAAGUUAUAAAUGUCGGCACAACCGAAGUAACAUUGACCUGGCAAAACAGUGAUGCUGAGGCUUCUAACUACACUUAUAGAAUAUUCUGUAAAAAUUAUAGAACUUCAGUUCAACAAAACAUCACUUCCCAAACCACGAAUGCCACCAUUACAGGAUUGCAACCUGGUACCUCCUAUCUAUUUAUGGUCUUCUCACAAGUUGCAGGGAUUGAAGGAGACUCCAGCACCAUAAAUACCUAUACAAAGCCCAGUCCAAUUUCUGACAUCCAGGCCACAAAUAUCGGCACAAAACAAGUGACCUUAACAUGGGAAAACAAUGACACUGCUGCUCCUAAUUACACAUAUGUGAUAUACACUGAUGGGAAUGGAAUUUCUCCUACUCGGAACCAAACCUCCCAAAACAAAAAUGCUGUAAUUGUGGGAUUACGGCCUGGUACCUCUUAUAACUUCACAAUAGUUCCACUAGCAGCGGAUAGCAUGACUAAAGGAGACUCAAACUGGAUACACAUCUGUACAGAGGCUGCACCAGUGCCUUCAUUUAACUGUACACCAGUGACUAAAGAGCCUAAGUUAACAGUAAAGUGGGAGCCCCCUGCUGGUACCAGUACUGGCUUCAGCAUUAACACAUUCAAUGAUGCCUGGAGCAACGAAACGCUGGUUUUGGCAGGUUUUGAUACAACUGUAACAAAUUUAAAUUAUUCCACCUCCUACAAUGUUAGUAUUAUAACCCGUUCGUGUGGGAAAGAAAGCCUUCCAAUGCAAACAACAUGCGAUACAAGUAUCACUGACCCACCUGCUCCAGUAGAAAAGCCUAUUAUUACGUCAAUCACUCACAACUCCUUUAAAAUUCAGUUCAGUGGGUUUGAGUCAAAAAAUGGACCGCUAACGGCCUAUGCAAUAGUAAUCACAACAGCUAAAGAAGGCAAUAUACCUCCAAAUAGCAGCUUGAACGAUACAUACAAUGACUUCAAGGAAAAGAAAACAAAAACUUACAUAACAAAUGUCAUAAAUGCGACGCAGAUGAGAGCUUUUUCCUCCCGUUCAAAUAGUUUACAAUAUGAAAUGGAAGUAGGAGACUCAUCCAAAUCGUACGCCUAUUCCAAUGCACCGCUGAAACCACUUGGUUCAUACUGGGUGAGCGUUGCAGGUUUCACUAAAAUCGAAUUUAACGAUGAUCGUAUUGAUGAAGAGAGAAGCUAUGUCUCAUUUACUCCUUAUUCUCAGGCAAUUAUAUUACUCCAGGAUCCAGGUGUCAUCACUGGAGCUGUUAUUGGGUGUAUUUUGGGUGCUGUGGCUAUAGCUGCUGUAGUGGUAUUCGUUUUCUGGAGACGGAGAAGGAAAGAUGGAAAAAAUAGUGAGCUGCCCUUUUCUCCGAUUAGACCCAAGAAAUCCAAGUCAAUUAAAGUUGAAAACUUUGAGUCCUACUUUAAGAAACAGCAAGCUGACUCGAACUGUGGAUUUGCUGAAGAGUACGAAGAACUCAGGUCGGUGGGCAUUAAUCAGCCUAAAUUUGCAGCUGAACUUACUGAGAACAGAAGGAAAAAUAGGUACAAUAAUGUCUUGCCAUAUGACAUUUCCCGUGUUAAACUUUCGAUCCAAAACCAUCCAGCUGAUGAUUAUAUUAAUGCAAAUUAUAUGCCUGGAUACAACUCCAAGAAAGAAUUUAUUGCUGCACAAGGCCCCUUACCCAACACUGUGCAAGACUUCUGGCGCAUGAUUUGGGAAAAAAAUAUCUAUGCUAUUGUUAUGUUGACAAAAUGUGUUGAACAAGGCAGGACAAAAUGUGAGGAAUAUUGGCCAGACAAAGGAUCCAACUAUUAUGAUGACAUUACUGUAACAUUGGUCUCAGAGUGUGUCCUUCCAGAAUGGACAAUAAGAGACUUCAUAGUGGAAGGCAGUAAUGCAACUGAAAGCCACUCUGUACGCCAGUUCCAUUUCACUUCCUGGCCUGACCAUGGUGUUCCAGAGACAACAGACCUUCUUAUUAACUUUAGACAUCUGGUACAGGAAAACAUUAGACAAAAUCCCCCAGAUUCUCCGAUUCUGGUGCACUGCAGUGCUGGUGUUGGCAGAACAGGUACUUUCAUUGCAAUUGACCGUCUGAUCCAGCAAAUAGAAAUGGAGAACGUCAGCGAUGUGUAUGGAGUAGUAUAUGAUCUUCGAAUGCAUCGACCUUUAAUGGUGCAAACAGAGGUAAGGCUAAUCUCUUCCAUUUAAUGUGCCUGAAGAUAACUGCAUAAUAGCUCAUGACAGGCAGUUUAAAUAUACAGCUCAGAAAUAUGUUCCA